UAACCGUGAACAUCAGGUGGUUUCUCUUUGUUGCUUAUCGAUGACACAGCUUUCUUCCCGACAGUCCACAACUAAUUACAACCCAACUGCUUGCCUAAUGGCCCGUUCCUACCUCCAACUAAACAGUAGUAACGAAACGGGCGUUCUAGCAGCCCAAAGAGGAUCCUUGGAGACAGAGAGGGACGUCAGGGAGAGGGUCGCGGGGGUCUGGCUGCGCAGGGGAGAGGCUCGGGGCGACGAAGCGGGCUGGGCGGCUGGGGCCUGCUGGCCGCGUCCGUCGCCCCGAGCGGGGAGAUUUCGGCGGGCCUUGGGGCGCUUUGGAGACCAGCGCCAGACGGUGCCUCCGGCCCGGGUGCCGGGAGAGGCAGCGGUAGGGCCAGGCCCGCUGUAUCUCAAACGAACCGGGGAGGCGCUUAACAGCCACGGGCCGGCAGCCCGGGCCUCUCGGACACUGAGGAAAGGCUGGGGGCGCCCGGGGCCUGAAGGAGCAGGGCGCUGAGGGUCUGCUUGGCCCCUGUGGGGGAUCUGGCGGCGGAGUCGCAGCCGUCCCUGGGGCGCGGGGUAGUAGUGGCAGUUGUGCGAGCCGACAAGCGCCCGCGUCUCGGGGAGGGCGGGCCGGCGGCUGAGGUAUACAAGAGGAUGAAGGUAGGCCGGAAGGGUGUCCCGGCCGCCUCUCGAACCCCUGCCUCCUUCACCUGCCACGAACACCACGAAGACCGCGCCGCUCCUUUUGGCCGUCGCGAUGGCGGCCGGAAUGGCGCCCUGGAACCACAGCAUCGCUCCCUUCGGGCCCAGGCGCUCGCUCGGUGUGUAGUCUCCGCAGUCCCGAAGCCGGCUCCGCCCUCCGUCUUCGUCCUGCUCUGCGGCCCCCGCAACCUCGGCUGGUUCGGCCCCCACCACCGACUCCGCAGAAGCGCG